CUGUUUGCCAGUUUGGAUGGAUUGCCUGUAAAAUUAUUUCUGUUUAUAUACACUGAAUAAAUAUCGAGAGAAUUCAGAAAAGAACACAUGGACCGUGCUUUCCGUGGUCAGUUACUGCUGGUAGGGGAGGGGGACUUUUCCUUAUCGGUAUCACUCCUGACAUGUUUACCACAGGCUUUGUGGGAAAAUAUCACAUCAACCAGUCUUGAGUCAGAGUCAAGUAUAAUGAAGCACAAGAAUGCAACAGAUAACAUCAAAUGGCUUACUCAGCAAGGUGUGAAUGUGUAUUUGAACACAGAUGCAACUCACCUUGACAGCCAGGAGAAAAUACGGACAAAGAAGUAUGCCAGAAUCAUCUUCAAUUUCCCACAUGCUGGGGGCAAGUCAAAUCACAAGAAAAAUCGCAAGCUAUUGAAAGAUUUCUUCUGCAGUGCUGUUGACAUGUUGGAUGAUGGCGGUGAGAUUUAUGUCACUCUUUGUAAAGGACAGGGUGGGACUCCAGCAGAUCAGCCCCGCAGAAAAUGGCAUGACAGUUGGCAGGUCGUUGCUAUGGCAGCAUGUGCUAAUUUAGUCCUAAAAGAAGUUGUUCCUUUUGUUGCUGAGAAACUUUCUGAAUACACAUCUACAGGUUUUAGGAGUCAAGACAAGGGAUUUAAUACAGAUGGAGCUCUAACACAUAUCUUUGUUCGGACUGAACCUAUAGUCAUCCCAGGGGGUCACAUAAAAGAGCACCACAGAAUAACCUGUCCUUGUAAUAGCUAUCUACAACAAAAAACAUUCAGACAACUGCACGAAGAAGAUGGAAAUCCAUUGUGUUAUCUUUCUCAAAAAUUAGAAGUAGAGCUAAACAAGAAGCUAAACUUCUGGUCUGUUGAGAUUACCCAGGAUUGCACUUUAAAGAACACCUCUUCCUGCCAAUGCAAGGCUCCUGAAAACUCUGAAGAAGAAGCAAAAUUUUCAACAUUAGGGGCACCACAAUGGAAUCAUCAUCAAAGUUUUCCUGAGGAAUUACUAGUGGGUCACCCAGCCUUAGGUACCCUCCAAAGAAUUGUGAAUGUUCCCGUUACACUGGAGGGUCUCCCAGUAAUGCAUUUUAUGAUUGGAUGUGUUCCUUCACUUAGUGAUUCAAUGCAAAUUGAACAAAUCUUAGAAAAUGUAAAUAAAAUUUUCAGUGAUAUUUCAAAAGGAUCAUGCAAACUUGAAGUAGCAGGUACUCAGAUUCAUCUAAAAAUGGAAUGUAUAGAUGAAAAAAUCUCUCAUGAAAUAGGACAUGUGUUUUCUUAUACAAAAGGUAACAAAACAUUUGACAUUUUUUCUUUGAAUCUGGACAAAUUAGCUGUGCCAUUGUUUCAGUUGCCAAACAUCCGAUUACUGUGGUCACAAGACAGUCAAGUUGUUGAGGGUUAUCAGAAGAUGUUGAAGUCUGACCCCCCACUACUUCUCCCAACCAUAAGUUUGUACCCUCUUGUUUUCUCCCAUGAUAUCAGUUUCUGGGAGAACACUCAAAUUCCAUUCAAUGAACCUGAUUUUUUAUCAGUGAUUAGGGAAGUUUGUGGAGAUCUCGUUGUAUGUGUAGAACUCCUGGACAGAUUCCACAGCGUAGAGCUGAACAAAGUUAGCAGGUGCUACCGCCUUCAGUUCCAGGCUUUUGAUAAAGCCCUGAGUUACGAUACUUCCUGGAAGCUCCAGAGCCACCUUAGACUGUGUGUAGCUAGUGUAAUGAAGGUGGAACUCCGCUAGAUUCUUACUGAAGUGUACAAUGACCAUGAGUAUUAAACCAUGGGAAAAAAAUUUACUUGUAUAAAGCAGUGAGGUUGUUGCAGAUUUAAAGAAUUAAGUACGGUUGAGACAUUAAUGUAAAACUCUUAUUAUAAUAUAAAUACAAACACACAUGAAAUGAAUACUUGUUGUAUUUGUUACAAAGUUCAAAGAUAAUAUCAACCGUAUGUAGAUGAAAUUACAUACAUGUAAUUACAUAGAGUACACGUGAAUAUCAAAGGUAUUUUGGAUGUCUUUAGCAAUUAAAUAUAUUGUGUUUUAAUGUAUAUCUAUGUAUUAUGUAUUGGGCACAAAAUAUAAAGUAAACUA